CAUAGUACAUGGAAGGUUAACAACAAUUUGUUGCGCAUUUCUUUGGUGGACUUGAAGCAAGGUAGUUCUAGUAAAAUAGCGUGGGAAUUCGAAUGUUCCCGGUUUCUUCGGUUGGACGAUGUUUUCUGUCCCGGCACGAGUCUCGACCAUAUGGGCCGCAGCUCCUGACCGAUUGCCAGUGUUCCUCGUCGUCCGUUUUGCUUGCCUCCUUCUCUCCUUUUUGCCCAUUUUGCACGCAGCUGCUGCGCAGGGAGAGGGCAGGGAAAUGCGAUUAAAGACUUCCGCCGCGGGCUCAACUUGGGGGCAACUUUUCGGGGCAGCGACGUCGGCCAUCACGAUGGCACUCAUCUUGCAAAAACAUUGCUCUGUUUGUCCAAAUCCUGGUUGCACUUUCCGUGCGGAGCACAUCACUCGUUCGAAAAGUCAAUGAAGCGUUUGCGCAGACAGCGAACGCGAACACAAAAGAAAACACACGAUGCUGCUGCCCCAGGCUGCGAACUUACACUUUUGCACGUUUAACGCGUUCGGCCUAGCUUUCGCCGACUGCUAGCACUUCAGGGAUGGCAAUUAACUCCCAGGGCUGGGCAGUCGAACACCAGCGUUUUGGCAUUAUUUUGCCCGCUAAACAGCCAGGGCUUCAGAAGAGGGCGCGUUCAGAAGGGAGCCACGAAAAGUAUUUACUGAUACGAUGGAAGGAUGUUCUAUCGAUAAGCAAAUUAAAAACAAAAGAUUAAGUUACUUCAAAAGCAAUUUUCUAGCUUUUAACCUAACUUG